GUUUUGGCUGCCAUAAUUGAGAUGAAUCCAGUGUGUUGUUUUGAUGGAUCCAUAUUGUGGUUGUUUAUUAUUCCUUAUACUGGUUGUUAUCAAGUAUGGGAGAAUUUUUACUCUAAUGGUUGAGGUACACUAACAUGUGCUAUAAUUUUUUAGCAAUACGAUGUUAUUCAUAGAUCAACUUAUGUGGUAAAUCAUGGUCAGGGUAGUUGGUUAUCAUUUUGUUUGGAAUCUGAAACUAUUAGGAGCUCCAUAUGCUUUUCUCAGCCAUGAGCUUUUUUUUUCCCGUCUUUGGUGUUCCUCUAAAUACAAUCAUACAUAUGGAAAAUGAUUGCUUUACUUAUUUGGUGAUGAUAUGGUUUGGUUACUUUUCAUUUAUACCGGAGGUUGAUUUUCCAGGUCUGAAGUUGUUUGUUCUCGUCACCAAGAUUUUUUAUUUCCGAUUCUUUGUUUUUCUUGUGUUCGAACACUCAUGUCUCCAAUGCAUAUUCAGGCAUAGAUAUGGAAAUAUGAGACUUCCUCGAAGAACAUAGUUGAUUAUGUUUCAUUGCUGGGAGAUGUUGCCAAGUCUAUUAAUUUUGAAGUAUAAAGCUUGCAUUUAAGGGUGUUCUCUAACUGCAUUUAAGAAUGUUAUAGCUUGUGUUGCACCGUCGAAAUCCAUAUCCCUUGUAUCGUUCCAAUCAUGUAUGCAUACGAGGUUUCAACUUGUGAGCUGAAAAUCAAAUCGACCCUAAUACAUUUACAUAGUAUUUGAACGAAAUCUAUAUGAGGGUUUUCUCGGUCAGCCUUAAUUGAGAUGUCUUGUCGAGGGAUCAUUGAUCACAUACACUACGGUGUGUCAUUGAAAGCUGUGGGGAAGCUUAGAUGAGCUACUUCAAUGGCGGAUGGGAUUUUCCCACUACUUGUGUGGUGAAAAAAGAAGUGAAGCUUUGUAAUUUUGUGAGCUGGUGGAAUGCAUGUUAAGCUCUUUGAGUGGUACCAAUGGCGAUAUAUGUUACUAUGAGAUUGCAAACUAAAAUAACAUAAAUCAACGUUAAUCGUUUCAUGGUAAGCUUACAAAUCGAAUCAUGAAGCAUGCUAUUUAUCUAUGAUCGAUUCUCCAUCCAAUCCUUCAAGUUAAUGAAAAGCUUUAAUCCUUCAAUUAUGCCGAGCGGUGUGGUGGAAGAAACGUUAAACAUUUGCUUAUAGACUGUUCGAUGAAAUGUUUGAGAGAAAUGUAACAGUGUUGAAGUCGAUGAUUUCGGGGAGGUUCCCUACUUUUUCAUAUUUUAUAUUUAACCCAAAGCGUCGACUUUAAAGCUUAAAGACAAAGCUGUGGUUUCUUAAAGGGGAUCUCAAAGCUCUAAUCAUUGAAUUAUAUGACUUCAAUGGCUGCCCAAAUUUCCAAUCCAACCACUCCUGGCCGCCGCAUAAAGCUCAAUGUCGGGGGCAAGUUUUUUGAAACUACCCUCUCCACCCUCCAGUCCGCCGGUCCUGAUUCCCUCCUUGCUGCCCUUUCCAACCGAGCUGCCUAUAACCCUAUCUUCAUUGACCGGGAUCCUGAAAUCUUUUCCGUCCUUCUCUCCCUCCUCCGCUCUAACCGCCUCCCUUCCGCCGCCCUCCGCCGCUUCUCUAUCCAGGAACUCGCCGAAGAGGCUCUUUAUUACGGCGUGGAGUCCCGUCUCCGCUCUGCCUCUUUGCCCUCGCCGCUUCAUGGCAUAGACGCCGCCAUCGUCGAUACCAUCCGCCCUGCCUCAGACGCUGUUCCUUCCACUUUCUCCGCCGGAGAAGAUGGUUCACUUUGGAUCGCUCACGGUGGUCAAAUUUCAAUAUACGAUUCCUACUUAUCAUACUCCACCGCCGUCCGUACGCAUCUCGAUGAUAUCACCUCGAUUUGCCGGGUAUGGCCAGAAAUAGCCGCUGUCGGAUCCGAAUCCUCAUCGGGUCUCCAUAUCUACGACCUCUCCAGCGGUCGUUACACCGGUUCAGUUCAUUGGACUGACCAGGACGACCCACGGAUAUACAAAGCCCGAGUCUGCGCCAUCGCUAACUCACCCGACUCGGUCUUCGUAUCAUUCGAUUGUCCCCAUAGAGAAAACAGCGUCCUCGUUAUCGACAAAUCAACGCUUCAGGUCUCAUCAGAGUUGACUCGCCAAUCAGGAAGCGCCGCCAAGAACACAGUCCCCGGAAAAGUGACGUGGCUACCGGAAACUGGGUUGGUUAUCGGAAGUGCCGUCACAUGUGGGGCAUUUGGUUACUCGGGUUAUAUUAGGAUAUGGGACCCGAGAAGGAAGGAAGUGGUAUGGGAAACGAACGAGCCAGGUUCGGGGCGGAGCAGCAGGUUCGGAGACUCAUUCGCCGACGUCGGUGUUGAUAUUGACGAUUCGGUACUCUUCAAGAUAUGUUCAAAAUCUGGGGAUUUGGCAAUGGCAGAUAUUCGUAAACUAGGUGAUGAUCCUUGGGUAUAUAUGGAAGAUACAAAUCCUAGCAUGAGAGAAGCUAGCUAUGGUGGGAAUGAGGUUCAUUUGCAUUGCUAUAAAAGGCAGGUAUUCGUGGGGAAAGAUGGAGGAUUGGAGGUUUGGUCGAGAUUGAAUGAGAGAGGAGGUUGGAGUGAGCGAAGAGGGGAUACUGAAAAUGGAAGAGAUGAGGUGAGUUUGAAGAGGAAUUAUGUGGAUAAAGUGGAGAUGGGGGAGAGAGGGUUGAUAAAGAGAAUUGAAGGAGGUGGGGAGAGAUUGUUUGUUAGCAGAGAAAAUGUGGAAGGGAUUGAGGUCUGGGAGAGUUCGAAUCAUUCUGCUAUCAUUUCUGUUCCUUCUUAAAUUACAGUUUGAUCCUUCGAAAUAGGUCAUUCUUCUUGGCAUCUCUACUCUUUCUAUAGUUUGCACUCUCAGUUCUGUUAUUGAUUAUUUCUCUUGUAAUAAAAGGCAUGAAAAUUGUUGUCUUU